AAUUCAAUUCGAAUAAGUUCCUGGUUUGUUAUUUCGUAUUUUCUCUGUAUUUGUGUUAGACUUGCAACAUUGUGACGAGUUGGAACUUUGUGUGGUUGCCAUAACAACAGCAGAAUAGCUUGAUUGUCGGCGAAUUUUAACUGAAAAAUGACAGCUGAAAAGAAGAGCGCAAAACAGGCCACCAAGGGCCAGAAACAGAUUGUCGAAGAGAAUGUUGCAACACUCAACUUCUACAGAAAUAUGUCUGUUGUGGCAGUGGGUGUAUACUUAUUAUUCUCUGCCAUUUUUUGGUCCACCACCUCUUCAUUUGAUAUUUUCUUAAUAUGUCUGAGUUCAUUUGCUCAGUUUUGCUGCUAUCGCUUUAUGGCCUACAUGGCUAGAGCCAAAUACAGUGAAACAGGACAAUUGUUAGAUGGUGGAAUUGAUCUCAACAUGGAAUCUGGAAUAUCAGAGCAAAUUAAAGAUGCCAUUAUCCUAGUAAGUGCAACCGAGGUUCUGUCUUCCAUCUCCAGUUACUUUUGGCUUAUCUUGUUGGUGAUUCCCUGUCGACUGUUUCACUUGGCUUGGAAACAUUUCCUUAGUCCAUGGUUUUUCCAGAAAGCCCCAACUGCAGAGCAGGAUGCACAGGAUGACAAGAAGCAACGCAAAUUGGAGCGCCGCAUCAAGCGUCAACAGCAUUAAAAGAGAUACUAAAGAUUCCCUGUACUGGCUUUGUAUUUAACAUACCUUUGAAAUAAAUCAGACUCUGGACCUC